AUGAGCACCGCGCCAGGCAUCGAGACGUGGCCUGGGUGGGUCGCCCUGGGUGACGACGGCACUGAUGAGGACGACCGCUUCGUCACUCAUGAGGACGAGGAGGUGGACAAUGGGGACGAAGAGGAAGGCGCUCCAGUGACGCUUGCGGAGCCCGGGGAGUGGCGCACGAGGGGCCAGAGAUUGCGCAAGCUCGCGGCGCUCAAGAAGGAGGACACCAGCCUCCCCGACAGGCACCUGAACCGUGCCGUCGAGGCGAACCAGCAGCUGAUGAGCUCCAUCUCCAGGCGCUGCGGCGCGCCCGAGGGAUGGGCGGAGGCCGUGGCGCAGACGAAGGCGCUCGAGGCGAUGCAGCAACACUUGUUGGAGGAGAUGAGCUUGCCCGUGCACGAAGUCGGACAG